AACCCCAGAAAACAUUGAAGCACCAGAUAUUUCCUCGCUUCCGCCUAGGUUUUCCUUCUCAGAACACUCUCUCUCUAACCUUCUUUUCUGCUUCUCGAGUCUCGACCUUCCGAAACACGACUCUGCAUCGUCGGCGGCGUAGCAGAAAGGAAGAGAAAGAAGAAGCUAUGAUGGCCGCACCUGAAGCUCCUCUCCGCUAUGUUGGCAUCCCUCGCCAAUCUGCUGCUUUUCGCCUCAUGAAGCAAAUGGGAUGGGAAGAAGGAGAAGGGCUUGGGAAAGAUAAACAAGGGAUCAAAAGUUACGUUAGAGUUAAAAACAAACAGGACACAAUUGGGGUUGGAUUGGAAAAGCCGAAUCCGUGGGCUUUCGAUACAGCUCAGUUUGAUAGUAUUCUCAAGAGAUUGAAAGUGCAAGCAGCACAAAUCAAUGAUGAAGCCGAAAAGAAUGAAAACCAAGAAUUAACCGAGACCAAUGUGUCUAAUGACAGUGAAGGGCAAGUUGUCAAGGCUACCCGACCACAGGGAAGAUAUAAGAAAAGAGAGAGAGGGAAACUUGUGCAGGCAUAUUCUUCAGAGGAUCUUGAAGGAAUUCUGGCCAAAAGGGUUGAGGAGUCAUCACCAGCAAGUCCUAAUGUGGGUGGUGAAAUGGAGUUGAUAGAGGCAACCGAAAGUCAGGAUUUUCCUACUGGAGGAGACACAGCUGAAAGCGUUCCUCCAGAAUGGUGGGGCCAUAAGUAUGGAUUUAUUUCUGGAGGUUUUCUAGGAGAAUCUACCCGGAAAAAAUCAAACAAAACUGGAGAGUGUAAAAUUUUGAACGGGAGAACUGUUUUUUUCGAAGAUGACCAAGAGAAUCUCUACAAACUUGUGCAAGAUAAUGCCACAACUGGAAAGCAAGGUCUGGGUAUUAAAGAUCGACCAAAGAAAAUAGCUGGAGUUCGCUUUCAGGGGAAAAAGACAUCAUUCAGUGACAGUGAUGAUGAGAAUUCGGAUGAUUUUGGUCCUCCAGUAAAACGGAUGCAAGACAAUGCCUUUGAAACCGAGAAAGCCGGUGAAACAAACUUGAAGUUGAAAAAGCUAUGCAAACAGCUUCUUCGUAAGGUACCUGGAGAGACAUUAAAACUAAAGCAGUUAAAAGUUCUCAUCGAUGAACAGUCGUCCUCUGUUUUUUGCAACCGUUCUUCAAAGAAAGAAGCUCUUGCCUACUUGAAACAAAAGCUUGAAAGCAGUAGCACGUUCUCCGUAGAGGGAAAGCGAGUGAGUCUUACAUCGAGAAGCAGCUAAUAAUACUUCGGUGACAGUUCUGAUAAUCUUUUAGCGGCCUGUAGAUUUUGAGACUAAAUUAGAACAUUUAUAUGCGUCCUCUAUUCAUUUUGUUUUUGUUAUAGUAAUUCAGUGUUGUUUACUUUUUGUAUUUAUGCGUCAUUUGUAUUGUUUGAUCAGCAUAAUAUUCAUUAGCAUUUAGAAAUGAUAUAUAAGAGUUGUUGGGGGUGAAAACAAAGCAUAGAUGUGGAGAUGUUAUGAUGAUAUUGUAAUCUGUGAUUGGAUUUCAAUGAUGAAAGUACCUUCUAUACCAUGAUAA